AAGUACAUGAAGCAUUGCACCACUGUACGUCAGAGGUGCAGGAAGGUUAGCUAUGUCACCGCUGCUGCUGCUGCUGCUGCUGCUGCUGCUCUCACAGUCUGCCAGCCACCAUCACCGCCACACCCGCUCUCUCCCACUUCUUAACACCUCCACCACCUCCCACUGGUGUUACAACACAGUGUUACGGUGUUAUAAACACCUUGUGAAUGUGUUAGCAACGUCAGUCUUCUCGUACCCUCACCAACGCCACCAUAAUAACCACCAUGGCGAAAAAUAGCCGCAGUAAGACGCAUAUUUUAUGCAUGGCAGCGUAGCAUCGACUCCACAAUGUGAUCUGGAAGAUAGGCUGCAGUGGAGCCAAAAUGGGGUUCUCCUCUACUCUAGAGGGCCCUGACCCUGAUCUCGAAGUUCAAGGUGUCCCGAAUGAGGACAAAACACUUGCUAAAACCACUAUAGAUAUGGCCUAUGCCAAGGACUCAACCCAGGGUAGUUUAAAUGGGUAUCAAGAAAUGGUCCAGCGUGAUGAUGAGGUCCGAAUGAGUGACGAAGUUAAUGAUAGUUUCAAUGUGACCAAAAUCAGCGCUGAUGUUGCAAGCACUAGUGGCAAUAACAACGCAGAUACGGCCUCGGAGAAUAUGCCUGGGGUUGUGACCAACUUAUAUGUCAAUGUGGCCGUGGCAACCAGAGGCGACGACUCAAGUACAUCCAGCGGCAACGAAGAGCCAGAAGCAGCAAUCAAUGGAGAAUUAGACUCCUGGCAACCCUUCAUUGGUAACACAAAACCAACAGGCUCAACCUAUGAUGAUCUAGAUCCCUCGACACCAUCCACUAACAACCAAGAUUUAUUGGUAGAGGCAAUCACUGAUGGUAAUCACGAUUCAUCAUCAGCGGCAGCAACCAAUGAACACGAUGCACCUGUAGCAACCAACUCCAGCCAAGAGGCGACCAACAGCACUACACAUAACCAGGCAACAGAGGAAGGCAUCCCGAGUGAGUGGGAUGAAGAAGCGGAAAACCUGAGCGAGAAAGAGGAAGAGGAUGAGUGGGAUAGAGUACGUAUGAGGGAGAAUGAGGAGAAUGUGGUGUGGCUAAGACAAGUGAUAGACAAGGAGACUUACAUUAGGAACAUGGCCCCGCAAUAUUACUUUCUUGAUCUGAGCUCCAUCAGUCCCAUACAAGACUCGCACCUCAAGCGAGCUCUCACACAUCUGACAAGACAGUGGCCAUGGUGGCGCCUGCGGUUACGGCUAAGAGGACCUGAUCGCACACCUUGGAUCUGUACAGAGCCUCUCCAGCCUCUCCAUUACCAGAUGGUGGACAGUGUGGAGAGCAAGUGGAACUCAGUGGAGGAUAUCCAGCAGCGGCACACUAACUUGUGGGGAGGCCCACUGUGUACCACCACACUGCAUAGUUACACUUCUAACACUCCUGAUACCACCCUCGCCACCGAUAGUACGGCUGACACCACCCUCACCACUGAUGAGACGACUGACAACACCCUCACCACUAAUGGGAUGGCUGGUACCUCCCUCACCACUAAUGAGACGGCUGACACUGACCUCACCACUAAUGGGACGGCUGACACUGCCCUCACCACUAAUAGCACGGCUGACACCACCUUUGUCAGGAAAGUGGACGCCACCUUAACAGGCGGUGACACUGCAGAUGCUACUGCAGCAUCCAGCAGCAGCAGCAGCAGCACCAGCAGUAGUAGCAGCACCAGCAAUAGUAGCAGCGCCAACACUUCCACCACCUGCGCCUUCCUUCACAGGUACCAACUGUUGCUGGGUGUUCCCCAGGCCUUUGCUGAGGACUCCACUAUCGUGAAUAUCUGUGAUACACUUAUUACACUUCUCGAGGAGGUUCUUGCUGAGGGAAUCACCGAGGAGGAGGUCGAGCCGGUGUCUGAGUGCCCUCCAGAUACAGAAUCACAGAAAACAGAGUAUGAGGAGCAGCUGGAUAUUAUUGACAACCGACGGAAUGUGUGUCCAGUAUACAGUAACAAUGCCGAUGUCUUCACCAGCAACUAUAACGGCGAGGAGAAUGAAACUGACGAUAACGGCUACGUUGAGAGAACUAUCGACCCAGUACUCAGUCGCAAUUUUAUAAACAAGUGUAAGGCUGAGAGAGUUAGUUAUUUCAGUGGGUUUACAGCGUGUGUCAGUGCCGCUACGGCCAACCUGGCACUGGAGGUUGGGCUAGAACCUGAGUCUGGGACUGUUGUCGUUGAUCAUAAACUCUUUGUCCAUUAUAACUGGCCAGAGGCUCCUUACGAGUGGCACGACAGUUACGACGACCAUGAAAACGAUGACAGUGUGCCAGAGGAAAAUUCCGCCAUCACUAUCAAAGCCAGACCUGAGGAAUGGAACACAAAUUUCUGGAGAACGGCCAAAUCAGUCCACAAAAAACACUGGGAGAUGUCUAAGGGAGUAAAAUAUACCACACAAAAAAUACCUCUGAAUCUGGAACGAGAGGUAAGUGAAGACGAGGAGGAAGUAGAAGAACGAGUCUCGCCUAGGUUUCCUAAUGUAACUCUCUCUAUAUCUAACGUCAGUUUGAAGGCUUCUAGUUUGUUUAGCAGACAUGGGAAGGUGGUCUCAGCUUCAGGGCUGGGGAAACUUUCAAUGCUUGCGUCACCUCCUCUUCACACACACCAUCAACCUGCAGGUGCAGGAGGAGUCACAAAGCCUACACUUCUACCUAAGUCACUCCACUCUCUUCUUCCCUACAGCCGCAGGGCGACGCUUUGCUGACGAAAUAGUUUCUCAAGUGAGAAGUUCUCUCGCUUAUCGGUAACGAAGGUUGUUACCUAGACUUACAUUUAAUAAGCUCAAUGCAAGUGCAUUAGUGCAUAUAACCUUGUUAAUAAUAUGGUUUUACAUACUGUUGUAUACAUAUAUAAUUUUUACCAAGCUAUUGUAACAAAGGCAGGUAUUGCUUACGGUAGUAGUCGACAUGUUAUUGCCUUUCAAACCAGUAAUUUAUUAAUAGUGCCUCAUGAUUCUAUUAAGACGGUCCUAUUAACCAACUUCUGUAUCGUAUAUAAUGUUGAGUAUUAAACCUCGGCCAACUAAAUAACGUCAUUGCCACAAUACUAAGAAGUAACGGUGAUGCAGUAUCAGGUAAUUUUCAGUAAAAUAAUAGUAACAAUGGCUGUAGCACUCGCUUGAUCACCAGUCUUCCUUGUGUCUGUCUUCACUCAUUACCCUUCACUCUACAACGGUAUAUACACCGACAGCUGUGUAUCUAUAUAUAAUACAUCAAGAUUAUAUAAUAUAAUAUAUAUAUAAAUAUAUAUAUAU